AUGGGAGGUCCAGUGGAGUGCUUCAAUUGCGGUGGCGACCACUUCGCGCGCGACUGCCCCCAGGGCGGCAAGGGCAAGGGCAAAGACAAGGGCAAGAAGGGGGGUGGCAAGAGCGUGGAUUGCUUCAAUUGUGGUGGGCCUCAUUUUGCACGCGACUGCCCCGAGGGAGGAAAGGGAGGAGGAGGCAAGUCCGGUGGGAAAAGUGUGGAGUGCUUCAAUUGUGGCGGGCCUCAUUUUGCCCGGGACUGCCCCAGCGGCAAGGGCAGCAAGGGCGGCGGCGGCAAGGGAGGCGGCAAGAGCAUUUGCUUCGACUUCCGCGACAACGGCAGCUGCCGCUUCGGUGACGAGUGCCGCUUCUCGCACGACGUAUGA